CUCUUUUUUUUCCCGGCAGAUCUUUGUUGUGUGGGAGGGCAGCAGGGAUGGACUUGAGCUUGCGGAUCCCCUGCUAGAGCAGCCGCGCUCGGAGAAGGCGCCGCAGCCGCGAGGAGGAGCCGCCGCCCCGCCGGAGGCCCCGCCACACGCGGCCUCAGUCGGCCCGCGCCCCGCUCGCCCCGCGCCCCUCGCCUCCCCGCAGAGUCCUCUCGCGGCGGCAGAUGUGUGUGGGGUCAGCCCACGGCGGGGACUAUGGUGAAAUUCCCGGCGCUCACGCACUACUGGCCCCUGAUCCGGUUCUUGGUGCCCCUGGGCAUCACCAACAUAGCCAUCGACUUCGGGGAGCAGGCCUUGAACCGGGGCAUUGCUGCUGUCAAGGAGGAUGCAGUUGAGAUGCUGGCCAGCUACGGGCUGGCCUACUCCCUCAUGAAGUUCUUCACGGGUCCCAUGAGUGACUUCAAAAAUGUGGGCCUGGUGUUUGUGAACAGCAAGCGAGACAGGACCAAAGCCGUCCUGUGUAUGGUGGUGGCUGGGGCCAUCGCUGCCGUCUUUCACACGCUGAUAGCUUAUAGUGAUUUAGGAUACUACAUUAUCAAUAAACUGCACCAUGUGGACGAGUCGGUGGGGAGCAAGACACGAAGGGCCUUCCUGUACCUCGCCGCCUUUCCCUUCAUGGAUGCAAUGGCAUGGACCCAUGCUGGCAUUCUCUUAAAACACAAGUACAGUUUCCUGGUGGGAUGUGCCUCAAUCUCAGAUGUCAUAGCUCAGGUUGUUUUUGUAGCCAUUUUGCUUCACAGUCACCUGGAAUGCCGGGAGCCCCUGCUCAUCCCGAUCCUCUCCUUGUACAUGGGCGCCCUUGUGCGCUGCACCACCCUGUGCCUGGGCUACUACAGGAACAUUCACGACAUCAUCCCCGACAGAAGUGGCCCGGAGCUGGGGGGAGAUGCAACAAUAAGAAAGAUGCUGAGUUUCUGGUGGCCUUUGGCUCUCAUUUUGGCCACACAGAGAAUCAGUCGACCUAUUGUCAACCUCUUUGUUUCCCGAGACCUUGGUGGCAGUUCUGCAGCCACAGAGGCAGUGGCGAUUUUGACAGCCACUUACCCUGUGGGUCACAUGCCAUACGGCUGGUUGACGGAAAUCCGUGCUGUCUAUCCUGCUUUCGACAAGAAUAACCCCAGCAACAAACUGGUGAGCACGAGCAACACAGUCACGGCAGCCCACAUCAAGAAGUUCACCUUCGUCUGCAUGGCUCUGUCACUCACGCUCUGUUUCGUGAUGUUUUGGACACCCAACGUGUCCGAGAAAAUCUUGAUAGACAUCAUCGGAGUGGACUUUGCCUUUGCAGAACUCUGUGUUGUUCCUUUGAGGAUCUUCUCCUUCUUCCCAGUUCCAGUCACGGUGAGAGCGCAUCUUACCGGGUGGCUGAUGACGCUGAAGAAAACUUUCGUCCUGGCCCCCAGCUCUGUGCUGCGGAUCAUCGUCCUCAUCGCCAGCCUCGUGGUCCUGCCCUACCUGGGGGUGCAUGGUGCCACCCUGGGCGUGGGCUCCCUCCUGGCGGGCUUUGUGGGAGAAUCCACCAUGGUCGCCAUCGCCGCAUGCUAUGUCUAUCGGAAACAGAAAAAGAAGAUGGAGAACGAGUCGGCCACAGAGGGGGAGGACUCCGCUAUGACGGACAUGCCUCCGACAGAGGAGGUGACAGACAUCGUGGAGAUGAGAGAGGAGAAUGAAUAAGGCACGGGACACCAUGGGCCCUGCAGGGACAGUCAGGAUGUCACUUCAGCAUCAUCUCUUCCCUCUCCCAUCGUGUUUUGUUCCUUAAUAUAUUUUUUUUUUUGGUAAUGAAAGAGGCCUUGAUUUAAAGGUUUCGUGUCAAUUCUCUAGCAUACUGGGUAUGCUCACACUGACGGGGGGACCUAGUGGAUGGUCUUUACUGUUGCUAUGUAAAAUCAAACGAAACAACUGACUUCGUGCCCUGCUUCACGAAAACCCAAAAGACACAGCUGCCUCAUGGUCGCCAUUGUGUCCUCCUCCCCUGGACAAUCUCCUCUUGGAACCAAAGGACUGCGGCUGUGCCAGCGCCUCUCGGUCACCCCGCACAGCAGGCCACAGACUCUCUCCUGUCCCCUUCCAUCACUCUUAAGAAUCAACAGGUUAAAGCUCGGCUUCCUUUGAUUUGCUUCCCAGUUACAUGGCUGUACAAAGAGAUGGAGCCCCAGUGGCCUCUUAAAUUUCCCUUCCGCCUCAGAGUUCGAAACCAUCCACUCCACACGUGCAGGAGGAGGGCAGCAGGCUGCAGCCCGGAGUUACCGUUCACACUGAGGAAUGGAGACCUGUGACCACACCUGGCUGACGGAUGGGUAUCAUCUCCUGUAGAAAGGUUUGAAAUGGCACGGGGGCAGCAAACUGACACAGCUGAACGAUAGCAUUUCCCUUUGCAUUUUCCUAGAUCUGAGCGAGCUGUCAGUUCUCACCCCCACUGUGUAUAUACAUGAGCUAACUUUAAGUUGUCACAAAAGCGCAUCUCCAGAUUCCAGCCCCUGCCGCAUGACUUUUCCUGAAGGCUUGCUUUUCCCUUGCCUGUCCUGAAGGUCGCACUAGAGCGUGUCACAUGGAGCGUUCUAACUUUGCAUUUUAGUUUUUACAGUGAACUGAAGCUUUAACUUUAAUCCAGCAUUCUAAUGCCAGGUUGCUGUAGGGUAACUUUUGAAGUAGACGUAUUACCUGGUUCUGCCAUCCUUCGUCAUAACUAUGCGGUACAGGUAAUUCAGAAUGUACUACCGUACUUCCCUCCCACACCAUAUGAUAAAGCAAGACAUUUUAUAAUGGUACCAGAGUCACUAUGUGAUCCUCCCUGAAAUGAUGCAUUUGAAAUCCAUGUAGUGCAGUAUAUUUUUCUAAGUUUGGAAGCAGGUUUUUUCCUUUAAAAAAUUAUAGACACAGUUCACUAAAUUGUUUAGUCAAAAUUCCUAAACUGAAAGAAACUAAACAAAAAAAUAUUUUAAAGAUAUAAAUAUAUGCUGUAUAUGUUAUGUAAUUUAUUUUAGGCUAUAAUACAUUUCCUAUUUUCGCAUUUUCAAUAAAAUGUCUCUAAUACAAUACGGUGAUUGCUUGUGUGCUCAACAUACCUGCAGUUGAAACGUAUUGUAUCAAUGAACACUGUACCUUAUUUGCAACAGUUGUAUAAAGCCAAUCAUUUGCAUCUGAAUGUAAGGCUUGGUAAAUGACAGAACUAUUUUUCAUUAUGGGUAGCUGGGGAAUAAAUGCAUCACUGGAAUGGGAACAGAAGUGUAAGCUGGAAGGGCAAAAAUUGGAAAGAAAGAAAAACGCAGGCCUUUUGUGUCUACCGUUUUCAGUGCUGUGUGAUCAUAACUGUUCCUCAUAGAAAAAAGAAUGCAAGGGCAUAAAGUUAGCUGUGAGCAUCCCAGAGUUGCAUUCAAGUUCCUGGGUACCCAGAUGAUGCCGAUGGGGUGUGCCCACAUGGGGACAUGUCCUUGGCGUGCUUCCUCAGAGUGGCUUUUACUCCAUUAAUAUAUACGCAGUGCUGAAAAAUUAAGAUGCAUACCUGCUUUGCAAUGGUUUCAGAGGCAGAUCUGAGAAGAUGAAAAAAACAUCUAAAUGUAUCAGCUUUUUUAAAAGAUAUUACUAGAAAAUUAAACAGCAGUAUUUUUUAACA